AUGGAUCAGAGUCUGUUAUGGCCGGUGAAAUACACCGAGCACAAACAAGUCACCAAAAAGCUCAUAAAACCCCCAAAACAAAAACCCAGAAAACAGAGCCCCAAAUCAACCGGCAGCUCCGCCGCAAUCAAUGGCCCAAGAACCGUUCGAAUCUCCGUCACCGACCCCGACGCGACCGACUCCUCCAGCGACGAGGAGGACGAGCUCUUCCGCCGCCAGCGCGUCAAGAAGUACAUCACCGAGAUAAGAAUGGAGUCCGCCGGCGCCGCCUGCCGGACCAGGGCCUCCGAGAGCCUCCAGGCGAGACCCAAGCCGAUGAAGUCCCGUACAUCUCCGGCGCCUCCGUCCGCCGCCGACGGCGGCUCCCGGAAGUUCCGCGGCGUCCGGCAACGGCCAUGGGGGAAGUGGGCCGCCGAGAUCCGUGACCCUUCCCGUCGGGUCCGCCUCUGGCUCGGGACCUACGACACCGCCGAGGAGGCCGCCAUGGUUUACGACAGCGCCGCCAUCAAGCUCCGUGGGCCCGACGCCCUCACCAACUUCGUCACACCUUCGCCGGAAAACAAGUCUUCCGGCGCCGCUUCCGGCUACUCCUCCGGCGACGAGUCUUCCCACAACCGAAACCACCCUUCCCCGACCUCCGUCCUCCGGUUCGCAACCACCCGGUCAGGCGAGGACACCGACCAGACGGGACUGUGUAGCCACUCGAGCGAAUCUCCGGUCAAGGGAGACGAGCCGUGUUCCGGCGGUUUCUUCACGGAGGAGCCGGUGGAAGAACCGAGCCUCCGCUGGAACCCAAACAAACUGGCUCGAGAGUUUGAGGAGUGCGAAGGCGAAACGAGCACGGUUCCCGAUUACAUCGUCGACGACUAUCUCCCGAUGGAUAUCCCCUUCUUGGACGAUUUCUUCAACUUCCAACCGCAAGAUGGGCCCGUGUUGUUCGAUGAUGGGCCGGGCUUUUCCACUUAUCAAGACGAGUUCAAGAUGUGUUUUGACGAUUUCUCGGCCCUUGAAAUCCAAGGCCCGAGCUUUGGGGAUGUCGUUCACGACUCGUUUCAAGAACUCGGGUCGCUUGGGGUCGAGGAUUACUUCCAAGACACGUGCGAUUUUUCGAGUGUCGAUGCACUAUUAGCUAUGUGA